CAGCCAUCGAGUGCGGUUCUUUGACUGUUUCCUCGCACCUUCAUUCGUCUUCUGUUUUGAUCGCUACGUUUAUUGUUGCCUGCGCUCCAAAAUGACGCAGCAGGGACCCGCCUUCGACUCGAAUGCGAUGACGCUGACACGCUUCGUGCUCCAGGAACAGCGCAAGUUCAAGGAAGCGACUGGAGAUCUGUCCCAGCUGCUGAAUUGCAUACAGACAGCCAUCAAGGCGACUGCAUCCGCAGUGCGGAAGGCUGGCAUAGCCAAGCUGCACGGAAUCGCUGGCGAUGUCAAUGUUCAGGGAGAGGAGGUAAAGAAGUUGGAUGUGCUGUCGAAUGAGCUGUUCAUCAACAUGCUCAAGUCGUCCUACACCACGUGCCUUAUGGUCUCCGAGGAGAACGAGAAUGUGAUCGAGGUGGAAACGGAACGACAGGGAAAAUAUAUAGUUUGCUUCGAUCCGCUGGACGGUUCCUCCAAUAUUGACUGUCUCGUCUCGAUCGGCUCCAUUUUCGCCAUUUAUCGGAAGAGGAGUACGGGAGUGCCCACCGUCCAGGAUGCACUGCAGCCGGGCAACCAGCUCGUUGCUGCCGGAUAUGCACUCUACGGCUCUGCGACAGCCAUUGUCCUGGGUCUGGGCAGCAGUGUGAACGGCUUCACCUACGAUCCGGCCAUUGGCGAGUUCAUUCUGACCGAUCCCAAUAUGCGUGUGCCCAACAAGGGCAAGAUCUAUUCGAUCAAUGAGGGCUAUGCCUCCGACUGGGAUCAGGGCGUUUACAACUACAUUGCUGCAAAGAAGGAUCCCGCCAAAGGCAAGCCAUACGGCGCUCGCUACGUCGGCUCGAUGGUGGCCGAUGUGCACCGCACUAUCAAAUACGGCGGCAUCUUCAUCUAUCCGGCUACCAAGUCGUCGCCCAAUGGCAAGCUCCGUCUGCUCUAUGAGUGCAAUCCCAUGGCUUAUCUCAUGAUCCUGGCUGGCGGUCUGGCCAGCAAUGGCAAGAUCAGCAUACUGGAUAUUGUUCCACAGAAAAUUCACGAGCGCAGCCCCAUCUUCCUGGGCUCCAAAGCUGAUGUGGAGGAGGCGCUUAGCUACUUGAAAUGAUUCUCGUUUUUUUUUAUGUGUCUGAAUAAAUGUUUUU